AUGUUUAGAAACUUCCGUCGUUAUGCCUCAUCAUCAUCGGCAUCAUUUAAUGCUCGUUUAAAUCCAGCUGGUCACAAAAUGUUGAAUAAUAGUGUCAGAACCUUCUCUGGUACUGCUUCCAGCUCUACUUUUUCUCCGCUUGUUAAAACUCUUGUUACUGGUGGUUUAUUGAUUGGUACUGGUUACCUUCUCAACAAGACUAUGAAUGAACCUACACAAGCUAUCGGAAGAUAUGGUAAUACAUCAGAAUUGGCCCAACAAAGACUUGUUCAACCAGACAUGGCUAGAACUGGUUUGAAUCCAAUUGUUCAACAAUACAUGAGUGGUACUUACAAAUAUGUUGCCUUGAACGUUGCUCUUACAACUCUCUUUGCUGUUGGUGCUUACAAAUCUGGCUUAGUUUUUAGAAUUUUGAAUAUGAAUCCAUGGAUGCAUUUGCUCGUCUUUGGUGGUGGUAUGAUUGGAACAAACAUGAUCACUAGAUCUCUCGAUAUUAAUACUAAUAGUGCAUUGAAGCAUACCAUGUUGACUGCCUUCAACGGAAUUGUUGGUUUGUCACUCUGUUAUGUUGGUUUAAUGUAUAGACCAGAAAUUAUCAUGAGAGCUGCUCUCUACACUGCUGGUAUCUUUGGUGCCUUGUCCUAUGUUGCUAUCAAUGCUGAACAAGACAAGUUCCUUUCUAUGGGUGGUCCAUUGUUGGCUGGUUUGGCUGUUGUCUUCUUGUCAAGCUUGGCUCCAUUGGUUCUCCCAGCCACAAUGACUAGAACUUUGCAAGCUACUGAAGCUAUUGCUCUCUAUGGUGGUUUGUUGUUGUUCGGUAUGUUCAUCUUGUACGAAACCCAAAAGGUCAGAAUGAAGGGUGAAAAUUAUAAGAAUUAUGUUGAAUCUGAAACCAUGAGAGGUACUCCAAACCACAUGAUCCAAAAGCCAGAUUACAUCAACUCUUCAAUUUCUCUCUACAUGGAUAUGGUCAACAUUUUCGUUCGUUUGCUCUACAUUCUCGGUGGUAACAAUAGAAAGUAAAUGCCAGAAAUCAAAUGUUAAUAAUGAAUCGAUCAAUCAUAAAUGGAAUGGGUAAUUGGAAAGAAAAACAGCUUUCAAAUCCAAGAAUUAUCAUGACAAUAAAAUAAUAACUAAAAUGUAAAU